AUGUCAGAGGAUCUCACCGUAGAGGCUGUUUUGUUUGGGCUCUUAGUCUUUUCUGGCAUCCUGGGGAACAUCCUGGUCAUCCAUGUGGUGCUUCGGUCAGCCAUCCAGAGUCCAUCUCGGAGACUUCCUCCGUCCGACACCAUUUUGGUGCAUCUGUCACUAGCCAACCUGCUGACCUCACUUUUCCGCACGGUGCCUAUUUUCGUGUCCGACCUGGGCUUGAACGUGUCUCUGUCUCCGGGCUGGUGCAGGGUCUUCAUGCUGCUGUGGGUGUGGUGGCGAGCCGUGGGUUGUUGGGUGACUCUGGCGCUCAGUGUCUUUCACUGCACCACCCUGAGGCGACAACAUGUGGCCUUUGGUCCUCUGGCGCAGCAGAGGGAGAGGCGGCGGGUGUGGAUUGUUCUGGGGCUGGUGUGGGGAGCAAACCUGGCCUUCUCUGUGCCGGCGCUGGUGUACAGCACACAUGUUCACGGCAACGCCACCGUGGAGCUGAUGGUGAUCAGCUGCACCACCAGGCCUCUGCUCGGCUGCAUCUGGGAGUUCCCCUCCAUCGAACAAGGCUCAGCUUUCGCCUCCUCUUCACUGGCCCUGAAUGAGGUUCUGCCGCUGGUGCUGAUGGUUUGCACCAACUUGGCCACGUUGCACGCUCUGGCCAAGCACAUCCGGGCUGUUACCUCAGUUGGGGGGUCAGGAGGGGCCCACGGGGAGCUGGACAAACAUGUAUCCACUGAACGUAAGGCAGCUCACGUCAUCAUGUCGCUGGUGUCGCUCUUUGUGGUCUGCUGGGCGCUACAGGUUGCUGCGGUGACGUACUACAACCACGACGGGGGGCACCACGCUGAAGGGCUGCUGACUGUAGCCCAUUUCUCUGCUUCGCUGUUUGUGGGAUUCAGUCCCAUGGUGGUAGCGCUGGGACACGGCAAGCUGAGGAGGAAGAUCUCAAGUAUGAUACUGGGGUGGACUAAAGUUCUGAAAUGUCACAGUGAGGACAGUGAAGAGGGAAGUACAUCCCCAAAGACUAAAGGAACCGUUUUUGUUGUUCAGAAGGAGAUGAAAGUAAUAAAAGUGGAAGGCAAUGCAAACAGGUGA